CAUCGUUAGUAUGAUGACUGACGCCUAUCUGAGGGGAUUACUAUUAUUAUGCUGUCUGGUUUGGCCGAUCCUAUGGCAGCCGUCUAUGGCAACCCGCGAUUUCGAAAUACGUUGGCGGGACAUCAACUGUUCGGUCAUAGACCCCACUACCGUGGAGAUCUUUGAGUGCGAUAUUGUGGAAAUGGCGAAGAAGCAGGGAAAUUUCCUGAAUACCUUGCUGCUGCUGCGCCGAGCUAUCCCAAAAAUGUGGGUGGAGCUGAGUGUGGGGCAGAUCGCCAACCGGAAGGACCGUCUUCUGCAGCAACUUUUCAAAGUUCGAGUGGAUGGCUGUCACCUGAUACAGUUUCGCAGCAAGAACCGAGUUCUGAAUGCCGUGCUCCAAAAACUCUUGCAAUCGGGAAAUUAUCCAGAUGCCUGUCCCCUAUUGGCGAAUGUCAACUAUACGUCCACGCGAUUUGCCCUCAAUCCGGAUCACUUUCCGGCCUACAUGCCGGACAUGAAGUUCAACACGAAAUUGGUCUUUCAGCUGAGCAGGAACAUGGCUCUGAUCAGGGCCAGUGUGGAUGCCGAGGUGAUGAGACGAUCGUAAAGAGAAAAUAUUUCAAAAGAGCACGAAAACAUAAAAGGAAAGCACAUUAACCAGGCGCAAAUACCUAUGUACAUCAAUAUAUU